AUGGCGGAAGUGGAAGACCGCGAGUUACUCAUUCGGAACCCCUAUUCAAAGGCCCAACAGCCCAUUCAAGACCACAGCCAUUCAAAGACCCAAUUCAAGACCCAACAGCCUAUUCAAAGACCCAACAGCCAUUCAAAAGACCCAACAGCCCAUUCAAAGACCCAACAACAGCCCAUUCAACGACCAACAGCCCAUUCAAAGACCCAACAGCCCAUUCAAAGACCCAACAGCCAGCAUUCAGACCCACAGCCUAUCAAGACCCAAAGCCCAUUCAAAGACCCAACAGCCCAUUCAAGCCCAAUUUCAAAGCCCACAGCCCAUUCAAAGACCCAACAGCCUAUUCAAAAGACCAAACCAACGACCCCCAUUCAAAAGACCCAACAGCCCAUCAACCAAACCCAACAGCCCAUUCAAAAGACCCAAACAAGCCCAUUCAAAGACCCAACAGCCUAUUCAACGACCCAACACCCAUUCAAAGACAACAAUUCAACGACCCAACACCCAUUCAGCCCAAUGCCCAUUCAAAGACCCAACAGCCCCAUUCAAAGACCCAAACAGCCCAUUCAGACCCAGUCAGCCAACAGCCCAUUCAAAGACCCAACAGCCCAUUCAAUAGACCAACAGCCGCCCAACAGCCAUUCAAAGACCCACAGCCUAUUCAAAGACCCAACAGCCCAUUCAAUAAGAACAGCCAUUAAAGACCAACAGCCAUUCAAAGACCCAACAAGCCCAUUCAAAAGACCAACAGCCAUUCAAGAAGAACGCCCAACAACAGCCCAGUUCAUUCAAGAGCCCAAGCACAGCCCAAUUCAAAGACCCAACAGCCUUCAAAGACCCCAACAGCCCAUUCAAAGAACCCAACAGCCGCAUCAAAGACCAACAGCCCNGCCCAUAAAGGCCCAACAGCCAUUCAAAGAACCCAACAGCCCAUUCAGACACAACAGCGCCAUUCAAGCCAUUCAACGACCCAACAGCCAUUCCAAGACCCAACAGCCAUUCAAGACCCAACAUCCCAUUCAACAAAGCACAUUCCAAACACCCAACAUUUCAAGACCCAACAGCCCAUUCAAAGGCCAACAGCAUUCAGACCAGCCCAUUCAAAAGGCCCAACAGCCAUUCAAAGACCCACCAGCCCCAUUCAAAGGACCCAACAGCCCAUUCAACGAUCCAACAGCCCAUUCAACGACCCAACAGCCAUUCACGAGACCAACAGCCAUUCAAGACCAACAGCCCAUUCAACGCCAACAGCCAUUCAAAGACCGCAACAGCCCAUUCAAGGGGAUUCAAAGCCCAACGCCCAUUCAAAGACCCAAGCCAUUCAAAGCCCAACAGCACAUUCAAAGAGACAUGCCAUUUUUCAAAGACCAAACAGCCCAUUCAAAGACCCAACAGCCCAUUCAAAGGCCCAACAGCCAUUCAAAGACCAAACAGCCGCAUUCCAAAGACCCAACAACCCAUUUUCAAAGGCCCAACAGGCCAACAUUCAAAGACCCAACAGCCCAUUCAAAAGGCCCAACAGCUUAUUCAACGACCCAACAGCCCAUUCAACGACCCAACAGCCCAUUCAACGACCCAACAAGCCAUUUCAAAGACCCAACAGCCCAUUCAAAGACCAGCCCAGAACCAACCCAUUCAAGAGACCAACAGCCAUUCAAAGACCCAACAGCCCAUUCAAAGACCCAACAGCCCAUUUCAAAGGCCCAACAGCCCAUUCAUAAGACCCAACAGCCCAUUCAAAGACCAACAGCCCAUUCAAAGACCCACAGCCCAUUCAAAGGCCCAACAGCCAUUCAAACCCAUUCAAAGGCCCAACAGCCCAUUCCACGAAACAGAUUCAAAAGACCCAACAGCCUAUUCAACAGACCAACAGCCCAUUCAAAGACCCAACAGCCCAUUCAAAGACAACAGCCAAUUCAAAGACCCAACAGCCAUUCAAAGACCCAAACAGCCCAUUCAACGACAGCCAUUCACCCAACAGCCCAUUCAAAGACCAACAGCCAUAUCAAAGACCAACAGCCAUUCAACGACCCAACAAUUCAAGCCCAACAGCCCAUUCAAAAGACCCAACAGCCCAUUCAAAGACCCAAGCCAUUCAAAGACCAACAUCCCAUUCAAGACCCAACAGCCCCAUUCAAAGACUCCAACAGCCCAUUCAUAGACCCAACACCCAUUCAAAGACCCAAUUCAAAAGACCCCAACAGCCCAUUCAACGACCCAAACCAUUCAAAAGAUCUCCAACAGCCCAUUCAAAGACCCAACAGCCAUUAUUCAAAGACCGCCAACAGCAGCCUAUUUCAAAGACCCACAGCAGACCCAACAAGCCAUUUCAAAGACCCAACAGACCCAUUCAAAGACACCAACAGCCAUCUAACCGAGCCCCAACAGCCAUUCAACGACAACACCCCAACAGCCUAUGUGCGAAAACCCAACAAGCCCAUAUCAAAGACCCAAAGAGGGCCUUGGCAACAACAGCCCAUUAAAAACGGCCAACAGCCCAUUCAAAAAGAGACCAACAGCCCAUUCAAAGACCAACAGCCCAUUUCAAAGACCCCAACAGCCCAUUCCAAAGACUUUCCAACGACCCAACAGCCCAUUCAAGACCAACAGCCCAUUCAACCUAACAACUAUUCAACGACUUAA